AUGAAAUAAUUAGAUCAAAGAAUCACAGCUUUAGAAUAAUUAAUUGGAGAUGGUGAUCUAAUUAUUACAGAGACUAUUUAUAAUCAAAUAUAAUAAAUGAGAGAGAUUUGUCGUCAACAUAAUUUGAGUUCUAAACGUAUUUUAAUAUUAUCUAUAAUCAAUUUGUAGUUUAGAAAAUGGCUUAAUUAAUUUAUAAUUAUGAUCUUAAUUAUUGUUAUUCAGCUUUACCUGCUUAAAGUAAAAUAUAAUUGAUAAUGCAAUCUGAAAAAUAAUUAUAAGAAGCUUCACAAAAUUUAAAUAAAGUAAUUAAAUAUAGAAAAUUUGUCGAUUUUGAACCAAUAGUUGGUUUAUAAGAAAAAAUAAAUCAAAUAUUAUUAUUAUAGACAGCUUCCAAAUUGUCAUUAAAAGAUGAUUAAAUAAUGGUAAAUUAAAAUAAUACUAUGAUGUUAAUUGAUGAGUUUAAUAGAUAUUAAUAAUAAUUAGAGACUUUGGUAGUAAUAAAUUAUGAAUUAAAUUAAUAAAUUCAAUGA